UGUCCGCUCCCCACGCGUGUCCCUCCGCGGCUCCCGCGGGGACCCCGGGACCCCAUGUCCCUUUGCGUCCUGGCGCCUAGGCCGGACCGAGGUGGCCCGGGAAACAGGCCCUCCCCCCGCCCCCGGGUGCUGGGGGAUCCGCACCUGAGCGUGCCUCAGCGGAGCAGAAAGCGUCACAGUCAAAGUGAAACUCGGGGCCAUUUUUAAACUCGUUUUGAGGAACCUCUUUCCGCGGAUGCCGGUGGCAGAUGGCAGGCCUUCUACGCAGGAAGAAACGCCAUUUCAGGGCACGCGGGCUCGACAGGGCAGCUGAAGAUCUAGACGCGCUCCGGAGGCCGUGCGCUGGCCUCCCCGGCACGUGAACCCUGCGCGUCCUGCUGGCGGGCGCCCCUGCCAUGGCGGGCGGGCGCCCCUGUGACCAAGCGGCCCGCGCCCAGGCCAGCCGCCCUCGGGGAGACGCAGGUCGCUGGGAGCAGCGGGGACGCCGCUGGGCUUUCCGUCCCAGGGUCAGACUGGGAGCCAACAGAGACAGCCGCCUGCGGAACAGCAAGCGGGAACCCGCUGUCAGACCCCAAGCGCCCGAAGGGAGGAGGACAGACCUCAGCAGCCCCCGCCCCAGUCCCAGACCGUCCUCCCGCGGGCGGUUCGCCGGGCUCCCGGGGAAAGACCUGCUCACGUUGCCCUGACAUGCUCUGCGCGAGCCGGGGCCCCCGGUCUCUGCGUGAAGGCAGCCAGAACCAACGGGGGUUGGAAAAACCGCACACAACUGGUCAAACGGGGCAAAGAACCAGAAUACGGGCUCUGGGAUCUGCGCUGCGGGGAAUAGACACCUGUGCCCAUGGCUGUGACGGCCUGAGGCCAUCACCAUAAUGGUAGUGGGGCUCCCCGUCCAUAAGAAGGCCAACACAGCAGGUGAUGCCCUGAGGCCAUCAGUGGAAUGGUAGUGAGGCUCCUGGUCUGUAAGAAGGCCAAGAUACCAGGCGAUGGUGUGAGGGCAUCAGUAUAAGGGUAGCGAGGCUGACAGUUCAGAGGAACAACAAGACCUCAGGUGACGGCCUGAGGCCAUCACCAUAAUGGUAAUGGGGCUCCCAGUCCAUAAGAAGGCCAACACAGCAGGUGAUGCCCUGAGGCCAUCAGUGUAAUGGUAGUGAGGCUCCUGGUCAAUAAGAAGGCCAAGAUACCAGGCAACGGCAUGAGGGCAUCAGUAUGAUGUUAGUGAGGCUGACAGUUCACCAGCACAGCAAGACAUCAGGUGACGGCCUGAAGCCAUCAGUAUAACGGUAGUGAGGCUCAAGUUCACUAGAACAGCAAGACAUCAGAUGACAGCCUGAGACCAUCAGUGUAAUGGUAGUGAGGCUCCUGGUCCGUAAGAAGGCCAAGAUACCAGGCAAUGGUGUGAGGGCAUCAGGAUAAUGGUAGUGAGGCUGACAGUUCACCAGGACAGCAAGACAUCAGGCGAUGGCCUGUGGCCAUCGGUAUAACAGUAGUGAGGCUCAGGUUCACCGGAACAGCAAGACAUCAGAUGACAGCCUGCGGCCAUCGGUAUAAUGGUAGUGAGGCUCAGGUUCACCAGAACAGCAAGACAUCAGAUGACAGCCUGAGGCCAUCAGUAUAAUGAGGCUCGCAGUUCACAACAAGAAUGCCAAGACUUCAGGAGACACUACAGCCCCACUGUUAACCGCCCUGGGCCCGUGCAAACCCCAGCUCUAUGCUUGCCCCUCCUGGAACCUCUGAGUCCUGUCUGUAAGAUGUGAACGUGACACCAGCCUCACCGCUUCCCGGCCUUGCAGCAGGGACCAGGGAACGGCCUAGGGACUCUGUGAUGUGCGGUGUCUACAGUGAGGGCGGGUCACGGUGACUCCGAGAUCACAGGACCUCACUGCAAUCACAGUGGGAGUGGUGCCUGCCGCAACGGCCUGAGGCCAUCAGUAUAAUUUCUGGCUUAGCUCGGGCUGCUAACACCGAAUCCCAGAGACGGGGCGGCUUCGGCAACAGAUAUCCAUUUCUCAUGGUUCCGGAGGCUGGACGCCCGAGAUCCAGGCACCAGCCUAGACGGGUUCUGGGGAGGCCUCUGCCCUCGGCUUGCACAGGGCCCCACACCUCCGAGGAAACUUGGGGGUUCCAGGACGCAUCUUCAGGAUGCUUUACGGGAAGAUUCCGUGUGACGUUGAGCAUCCAUCCCUCUGUGGGGGCGGAAGAGGUCGGGAUCGGAAGUCAGUGGAAGAAACACACGCUCACAACUGGAGUUCCGUGAGCGGGGGAAGCCCCGCCCGCGCCCGCCAGAAUGGACAUGAACGUGACCGGCCCGGACAACGCCACGAUCCUCAUGCUGCGGGACCCGACCAUCGCCGUGGUCCUGCCCGUCGUCUACUCGCUGGUGGCGCUGGUCAGCAUCCCCGGAAACCUGUUCUCGCUCUGGGUGCUGUGCUGCCACAUCGGGCCCACGUCCCCGUCCGUCAUCUUCAUGAUCAACCUGAGCGUCACGGACCUGAUGCUGGCCAGCGUGCUGCCCUUCCAGAUCUAUUACCACUGCAACGGCAACCACUGGGUGUUCGGCGAGCUGCUGUGCAACGCCGUCACCGUGGCCUUCUACGCCAACAUGUACUCGUCCAUCCUGACCAUGACGUGCAUCAGCGUGGAGCGCUUCCUGGGCGUGGUGUACCCGCUGGCGUCCGCGCGCUGGCGCCGGCGCCGCUACGCCGUGGCCGCGUGCGCCGGGCUGUGGCUGCUGCUGCUGGCCGCCCUGUCCCCGCUGGCGCGCACCGACCUCACCUACACCGUCGAGGCGCUGGGCAUCGUCACCUGCUUCGACGUGCUCAAGUCCACCAUGCUGCCCAGCGUGGCCAUGUGGGCCAUGUUCCUCUUCACGCUGUUCAUCGUGCUGUUCCUCAUCCCCUUCCUGGUCACCGUGGCCUGCUACACGGCCACCAUCCUGACGCUGCUGCGCACCAGCGACCCGCACAGCCGGGGGCAGCGGCGCCGCGCCGUGGCGCUGGCUGCCGUGGUGCUGCUGGCCUUCGUCACCUGCUUCGCGCCCAACAACUUCGUGCUGUUGGUGCACGUGGUCAACCGCCUGUUCCUGGGCAGGACCUACUACCACGUGUACAAGCUGACCCUGUGCCUCAGCUGCCUCAACAACUGCCUGGACCCCUUCGUGUACUACUUCGCGUCCCGCGAGUUCCAGCUGCGCCUGCGGCUCUACUUGGGCUACGGGCGCCUCGCCGCCGGCUGCCGCCACGCGCGCUCGGACAGCGUGUUCUCCGCCCGGACGCUGUCGGCGCGCUCCAUGUCCAGCGGCCACGAGGGGCUGGAGGAGGCAGGGAGGCCCUCGCUCAGGAGGCAGGAGAGUGUGUUCUGAGCCGGGCACCCCGCCCCCGCACCCGGGGACGGCUGGUGGGACGGCUCGCACGGGCCUUCACGCGUGCGAACCGCUGCGCGUCCACCGCCGUGGCGCGUGGAGAGGGUCCCCAGGAGCGCACGUCCUAAAUCGGGCCACCGGGACAGAACGGCUGGGGGACGGCGCGCACCGGCUUUCCCCCCUGCGAACCGCUGCGCGUCCACCGCCGUGGCGCGUGGAGAGGGUCCCCAGGGGCGCACGUCCUAAAUCGGGGCACCGGGACAGAACGGCUGGGGGACGGCGCGCACCGGCUUUCCCCCCUGCGAACCGCUGCGCGUCCACCGCCGUGGCGCGUGGAGAGGGUCCCCAGGAGCGCACGUCCUAACACGGGGCACCGGGACAGAACAGCUGGGGGACGGUGCGCACCGGCCUUCCCCGUGCGAACUGCUGUGCCUCCGCCGCCGUGGCGCAUGGAGAGGGUUCCCAGGAGCGCACGUCCUAAAACGGGGCACCGGCAUGGAACACCCCACGGCGUAAUGACACAGGACGCAGCGUGCAGGACGCACUGGGCUCCGCUCCUCAGGACGGGGACCCAAGCUGACCGUGAGCUCAGCCAGCCCACCUGAGUCCCUCUGGAGCCCCAGCAUCCACCUGCCGUGUUCUCUGUGCCUUGUGCUGGGGUCGCCCAUGGCACCUGCUAUUCCCCAGCCUGGCACAGCCUGGUGCUUUUUGUUCAGCCCACUCUUGGUCAUCGUGCGUUCUGGGAUUCACCCAGACCACCAGGCACAGGCCCCUUUGGGUCGGUGCCCCGGGAGCCCACAGGACCCCCC